AUGCAAGGUCGUAAAGAAAACAUAAUUUCAACAAGUGAUAAAAUGGAAAGUUUCAAAAAAAAAAUUAAUUUAUGGUUAUCAUGCAUAAAAAAUGAUGAUUUUUCAUGCUUUUCUUCAGUUGAAGAAUCAAAAAUCCAUUUAAGCAUAAAUCAAAAAACGGAAUUAAAAAAUAUAAUGUACGAACAUUUAUUGACACUUUCUCGAAAUUUAAAGAGUUAUUUUCCAUCACUUCUAACAACUGAAAUACAGUGGGUAGUUUCAUUAUAUGGUCCAUGUGGAGAAGAAAAUAUAAAAAAUGCAAACUUAUCUUCUACGGAAAAAGAACAAUUACUAGAAAUAUCAUCAGAUACCACGUUAAAAUCUAAAUUUUAUAUGUCUGAAAAUGAUUCAUUUUGGAUUUCUUUGCAAAACGAAUACCCAGAAGUGAGCAAAAAAGCGUUGCAAAUUUUGCUUCCUUUUUCAACAUCAUAUAUGUGUGAAUCAGCAUUUUCGAUAUUAGAAGUAACAAAAACCAAAAAAAGGUCAACGCUUAAAGAUAUUGAAAGUGAAUUACGCGUAAGUUUGUCAACAAUUCGCCCACGAAUUGAAGACCUAUGUUCAAUUCGCCAAUCACAAGUAUCGCACUAA